AGCUUUUAUACUAACUGAGCAGUAUGGGAAAGCAUCUGGGGCCAAACUAAAUGAGAACAAAACACAACUACAGCGGUAUGGACCAUGGACAGCAAGUGAAAGAACACAGGCAAAAGUAAACUCAAAUGAACAAAAGAUAUUAGGGAUUAAAUUUGAUAAAGGUAAAGGUGAGGUAAAUUGGACAGAAAUAUCAGCAAAAGUGAGACAGAGAACAGGCCUGUGGAAACAAAGAGACCUAACCCUGAACGGAAAAGUGCUGAUAAUAAAAGCUGUGAUUAUCCCUUUGUUUUUAUUGGCAGCAAGUGUGUUUUUACCAUCUAGGAAAACGAUAAGAAGUCUUGAGAGGACAAUCUUCCAGUUUUUAUGGGGAUCCAAGUGGGAGAGACUAAAGAGAAGAAAUGAAGAAACCCAAAGGAAAAGGAGGCAUGGGGGUUCCAGACCUAUAUUUGUGUCUGGGUUCACAUUACACCUGCACCCACAUGCGAUUAGUAAUGACUGAACAGGGCGGUGUGAAGACACGUGCAAUGUCUUACUAUUGUAUGGGUUCAUACCUCCGUAAACUAAAACUGAUGCCAAGUAAUUUGAGAGUACCUGUAGCCUUUCAGUUGCCACCUGCUUACGAGGUCAUUAAGACAUUUUUAACACAUUUUAAUCUGGAAAAUGAAAGUAAGGACACUCUUUUAAACCAGCGUCUUUUAACUUCUGUUGUACAGGCUCGAAGUGACCCGAUUCCUGUUGCGGGACUUGCAGGUGGGGAGGCGGAGGCGGUGUGGAAAGGCAUCAGCCGCCCUGGUCUCCCAAACAGACUGAUGGACCUUUCAUGGCAAGUGGCACAUGGGAUCCUCCCCGUCAGGGAUGUUAUGCACUCCAGAGGAAUGGCAGCCAAAGCAGCAUGCCCCCGAUCCGGCUGUGGCGCACCGGAGAUGGUACGGCACCUCCUCUGGGAGUGCAGUGCUGCUGUCAACCUGUGGACAACAGCCGGCUCCCAGGACUUCCCGUACUUGCCAGCAAGGGAGGUCCUGACAGCACACCUAGUGCUCUAUGGGGUGAGCCAGAGUAUGGCAAAACCAGAAAAACUCAGUGACGAGGAAAGGCUCACCCUAGCCGCCAUCAAAGACGCCAUUUGGACCUCCAGAAACUUGCUGGUGAGAAAACACAUGCAGAUCCCCCCCGUGGCUGUGAUCCGGAUGGCUGCAGCCCUGAGGACAUCGUCAGGGUUGCGGGCGGCGAGCCAAGGACACAGCCACAAAGAAGAAUCGCCUCUGUGA